UGGGCUUCACCAGCCUAUGGGCCCAGGCUUCAUUUAUGAAAUAAAUAAACAAAUAAUAACGGUCGAUUUCUAAUAUUAUCUUCUACCGGUUUCCCUCUUCGCAACAAUUUGAAAAAACUAGGGUUCAUCCUCUGAGAACGAGGUACCGAGAGCGAGCUAGAUGGAGAAGUACGAUAAGCUGGAGAAGGUCGGCGAAGGAACCUACGGUAAAGUUUACAAGGCUCAGGACAAGACCACGGGGCAGCUGGUGGCUCUCAAGAAGACGCGGCUUGAAAUGGACGAAGAAGGAAUCCCGCCGACCACUCUCCGCGAGAUCUCCCUUCUGCAAAUGCUCUCUCAAAGCAUUUACGUUGUCCGAUUGUUGCGCGUGGAGCAUGUUGAGAAGAAUGGGAAGAGGCUUCUUUACCUCGUGUUUGAGUAUCUGGACACCGAUCUAAAGAAGUACAUUGAUUCUUACAAGAGGGCCGAGGGCCAAAUCCUAAGCCGCUUUCCAUCUCGAGUGAUUCAGAGUUUCUUGUAUCAGUUGUGCAAAGGUGUUGACCACUGCCACAGCCAUGGAGUGCUGCACAGAGACUUGAAGCCUCAGAAUCUUCUGGUUGACAAAGAGAAGGGCAUCUUGAAGGUUGCAGAUCUGGGAUUAGGAAGAGCAUUCACCAUUCCUCUAAAGAGCUACACGCACGAGAUUGUUACACUUUGGUAUAGAGCUCCUGAAGUUCUGCUUGGAUCGACACACUACUCGAUCGGAGUGGAUAUGUGGUCAGUUGGGUGCAUUUUUGCCGAAAUGGUUAGGAGACAACCUUUAUUUGCUGGUGAUUCAGAGUUACAGCAAUUGCUUCAUAUUUUCAGGUUUCUUGGGACUCCUGAUGAAGAGAAGUGGCCUGGAGUCUCUUCUUUGCGAGACUGGCACGACUAUCCACAGUGGAAGCCCCAGAGCAUGGCUAAUGCUCUCCCCUUAUUGGAACCUGAAGGAAUUGACCUUCUAUCGAAAAUGCUAGAGUAUAAUCCGUCAAAUCGAAUUUCUGCAAAGGAAGCAAUGGAACAUCCUUACUUCGACAACCUUGACAAGUCACAGUUCUAACUUGUAACUGAGUUUUCUGGACAGUCUGUGUGUGUGUGGUCUCUUGCUGCUAUUUUCAUUGCAGUAGCAGCUGACAUUUAUUAACAAGUAUAGAAACUCUACUGCGUCUAGAGUUCUUUAGCAGUCAUGGCUUAUUGUUGGUGUUUGUACCACCAGACCUAGAAAAUGAAUAAACACUAAAAGAAAGCUUAUCUCAAUAUGCGUUUGAUUGCGAGGAUAAAGACUGAUAGCAAUUUAAUAUUGAGUUAAUCUGAACCCAACUCAAGAUGGAUCCUGAAUCAUUCAAUUUAGCCUCAAUUUGUACUAUUUAGUUAU